AAAUUCAUUUAGCGACAUUUGUAACGCUCGGCUAAACUCAUCGAUGAUUCAACAGGAACGUCAAAAUAUCACUAUCUGGUCAUAGUUCUACUUCAAUUUUCAAUCAUAACUCGUGGUUUACUCUGAUUCUGUUUGCUCAAGUUACCUGAUAUGCACACUCUUCGAAGAGCAAGAUCUCUAAAGGAUGUCCCUCCUUACAAGCCCUAUGGACCCAAGACAUUUCUUAAAAUUCUUAUAAUUAUUAUCACUUGCCUUGGGUUCUCAACUCAAGUAGUAUCCCAUAUUGCAUUUGGAGAUGACUACACAUUUGAUUACCAAAGUCGUUACUACUUAUUCUUUGGUAGUCACUUGUUUGGAAUGGUUGAAUCAAUCAUUGUACUUGCCAUCUUUCUGACUGGAAUGGACAAUGUUUGUGGGUCGAGACGAUGCUGGGAAAUCCUGAAUCUCACAGUUUCAUUUCUGCUAUCAAUAUUGUGUGGCGUUUCAGCUGGGCUCAUGAUCUUCUACUGCAACAUGUUGUACAGAAACCAACUUUACAAGACGAGCCCUGACUAUUGGAAAUGGUACACUGAUCACAUGAUCAUCUCUAUCACCUGUGGCUUCUUGAACAGUGUUCUUUUCCUUCUCGACGCCGCCUUACAUGCCGAUGCAUUCAGAUAGGCCACAUAGAAAAAAAAACACUUCCGAGUUUGUAAUGGUCAAAUCUUACGCCUUGUUCAAGAUCUCAAGGCUUAAUUUAACAGCUAUCAUUUGCUUAAAGGCCCGUUACUUGCAAUUUUUGCGUGCAAUUUUUGCAGCGCGAUUCUCGCGCGACAAUCGCCUUAGUUUCGAACAUGCUUGAAAUUUAGCUGCAACAAUCGCGGGGCUGUUACACGUACGAUUUGAGGUGCGAGAGAACAAAGUGGCGAUUGUCGCGCGAAAAUCGCGCUGCAGAAAUUGCAAGUGUAAAAUAUAUCAAAUAAUAGGUCAAAGUUUUGCAUUUGUUUAGGAGUCCACACUCUGUCCACCAUAUCCGACAUCAUUAUUUUGCAAGAAAAUUAUCGUCUUGAUAAAAGAAGUGUACUAAAUAUGUAUCGUAAGUUAAGCCUUUUUUUGAGAAUGUACAUUUGCUCAAUAAUUUGUAAUGCAUGCUUUUGUAAUGCUAUCUUUUCGUAAAUAAAUAUAAUCUUUCAAAUAUA